CACGAGCAAACCGAAAGUGCACAAAGUGUUCAGUUAAUGUGAUCAGUUGAAGUUUAUGAUUUUGUAGCAACGGAAACAUUUGUAAUUGAUAACAUAAGGGAGUUUUGAAUAUCGUUUUAUUGGUUUACCUACUAUGCCUCGUAUACAAAGCUCAAAUAAAUAUAAAAUUUAUAUAUGGAAUGAUUAACAAUACUUAGUAUUGAUUCAUAUUUUACUUCCGCCUUUGAGACGAUUUUGGAAAUCGUUAGUCUCUUUUUUUCAAAGUUUGUGUUAAAACAUGCUAGUUAGCCUACUCAACAAUGGGAAAUCUGUUCAGUCAACCGCAACCUGAAAGGACAAUUGGUGUCGUAAUUCCGGCCGAUUUCAGAGGCAUCCCAAUAGAGUUUCAGACGAAAAAUGCAGGAAUUUGCAAUAGAUUUGUAGCCCCUUGGGGUGCUUUUAUAAAGCCCAGUAUAUUGAGCUUAUUACGAUGGAAGUUUUGGACCGAAAAUAGGAGCAACAUUCCUUGGAAUAAGCCAGAGGAAAUUGAUAAAGUCCACCCUGUGCACAAAAUAGAUAAAGAAAAUAUAUAUAACCUACAAGAAGGCAAACUACAAGUCACAUGGAUUGGGCAUGCUACAAUGCUGCUUCAGUUUGACGGGGCCAAUAUCCUUGCCGACCCAGUCUUUAGCGAGUAUAGUGGUCCUUUUUGGAGAUUUGGAUACAAACGUUACAGACCACCAGCUUGCACAACAAAGGAUCUACCGCAAAUAGAUGCUGUGAUUAUCAGCCAUAACCAUUUUGAUCACCUGGAUACUGGGUCGGUAAAAGAUAUCGUAAAAUAUAGCCCUGAUGCCGUAUGGUUUGUUGCAAAAGGCAUGAAGUCAUGGUUAACAAAGAGAGGAUGUAGGAACGUUGUCGAGUUGGAUUGGUGGGAUGGCCGAGAAGUGGAAAUUAACGGUCACCAGUUUCGAUUUUUCUGUACUCCAACACAGCAUUGGUGUCAAAGGGGUUUGAUCGAUUUCAACAAGGCUUUAUGGUGUGGUUGGAUUGUUGAAGGCGCAAAAUACAAAUUCUAUUUCGCUGGAGACACUGGUUAUCAGGACAGGCUCUUCAAACGUAUUGGCGAGAAAUACGGACCCUUUGACAUUGCUGCGAUUCCCAUUGGCGCCUAUGAUCCAAGAUUUGUCUUAAAGUAUCAGCAUGUUGAACCCAAAGAGGCAGUAAGCAUACACCAAGAUAUCAAAUCGAAAUGCUCUGUAGGGAUGCACUGGGGCACAUUUCACACAAUGGCUUGUGAGUAUUACUUAGAGCCGCCACAGAAGGUUGAAGAAGCGAUGUUAAAAAAGAAACUGGACCCAAAGUCGUUCUUCAGUCUGUGUAUUGGAGAAACGUGGGUGGUUGGGGAAGACCGCGACUACGACCCACCAUUUAUGGAAAGGGGGAAAGUUAGGAAAGCCAGUUUGAAUGAUGAGCCGAAAGAUACCGGGACAAAGCACUCGGAUUCGCAGAAGGAUGAGAUUGCAGAAAUUCUGAUAGAAAGCGGUACUUCAUUGAGUGACAAAAAGAACAAAUGAAUUAAUAUGUAUCUACAAGUAUAAAUCAGUAGUCUUUGACAGCUAAGGGGAAGUAAAUGAGUAUGUUACCAUGCAAGGGUAUUGUAUAACCAUGCAAGAGGUAUUGUAUAAAAUAGGGUAAUAGGUACUGCGUUUUUUAUCCCGGAGAUUGUAUUAUACACAAAUAGAUUCUUGCAGAUUCGGAUUUCUGGAGGCGCUUGCCGAGUGAAAUCAAAAUCUGCAUAAAAACACCACAGUCGAAUACGACCUCCCAGAUCAGAAUCCAAUUAAAAUAACCAAUUUGUUAAGUAUAUUACAUGUUAACCACGAUUAGACAAGUAGUCUUAUACUAAAUUGCAUUUAAAGACGCAAUAUUUUAUUUUAUGACGUUAUUUGAACAUCUUGCCCCAAUUUAACAAAAAUACUGAAGUCUAAUCGCAAUCUGAACCAUUUUACCCCAUAAAACAUGCUAUCAUUAAAAAUCUUGCAUUUAAAAAAAAAUAUUCUCAUAAAAUGUGUUGAUCAAUAAAAAGAUUAUGCCAAUAUUUCAAAGAAAAUUAAUUCUAGAACAAAAAUUAUACCUGAGUAAUUGUUAUAAAACAGUUAAUUGUACUCGAGUACAUUAUUGGGGGUAAAAUAUUUUUCUCUGGAAUCUAAACCAAAAGUUUUCAUCAACAUAUGCAAUGAUAGCAUGUGGUUUUAAAAGUUGUAAAAACAAUAAUUAUUUUGUAAAACAUUUUAUUAUUUUAUGUGGUAAAUCGGGUUGAGACUGAGUUUGAGAUUUGACUUAAGUAUUUUCGUGAUAUUGUUUUGAAGCAGCGUUAUCAGAAUGGUAAACGGACGUAUUGCACUAUGUUGAACACGGACAAAUAUAUUUUGCGAUAUGUAUUGCUUGCUCAAUUAUAAUGUGUACACUAGUAUUUUAAACUUUAAUAUUACAAUACUAGUCAUGCCUAUUUGCUCUCACUUUUUAUAAAAAAAUGUAAUGUGUUACUUUUUUAUUUUAUGAGUAUGUAUGCCUUUGUUGCUUACUUAGAGCGCAGGAUAAAACAAAUCUACAUGAUUGAUCUGAACUAUUUUACGCUGUAAAGAUCUGUACUUUUGUAAAUUUUACAUGUUAUAUUUAGUGUUGACUUGCUUCUCUGUACUCUGUAUGAAACGUUUAUAAAUGCCCCUUAUUGAUUGAUAGCAUUAUCAAACUGCAUCUGUAUUCAUCAUUUUGAAUUGCAUCUGCGAUCUUUCUUUAGGGGUGGUCUUCCUUUAUGUUCAUGCUUGCUUUUUUACACGUACGUGUAUCUACACGUAUCCAGUUUUCAACCAUGGUUAAUAGUGUGUUUCUUGUCUUAAUGUUCCAUUUGAAUCAGGAGGGUGUUCUGUAUUUCAUUUCACAACACAUUCGUGAAUCCAAUAAAAUAAAAGAAGA